UCCCGCGCCAUAUUUUAAUUUCAUCCCCGCCAUCAUGCCUUGGUAUUAGCCGCUCGUGGUAAUAAUAAUAGUAGUAGUAGUAGCGGUGGCAUGGGCUUGCGUUUCCUUCAAAAAAACAGAAAAAUGAAACAUUUCCUGUGGACAUCGACGGCUGUAUUAUGCCUUUUUACAAUUUCAGAAUGCCGGAAUUUGGUCAAAAGGGAUGCGAAUCCAAGCAUAGACCCUGUACAGUCACAUGAACAUAAUGACCUUGACCAUUAUCAGGACAAAAGGAAAGUUGAAGUUGUUGUAGGUGUUAAAAAUGCUGUUUUAGGAUUUGUGUUUGAUAAAAUUAAUAAAUUUAUCGACCACAAAACUGCUUGGAUAGACCAACUUGAUAAGCAAAACAUCAUCAAAAACAAAGCACAUCAUAUUGAGCCACCAUCUGAUCCCGUGGUAUCUCUAUCCAGCAUUUUAUCUAGCGCUAUCGGUUCCAAACUAGAAGCUGCAGCACCAUUACUCAACAUUGUAACUAGCAAACUUGGCAGUGGAUCUGGAUCGGGGUCAAACCAUGGAGGAUUUAACUUUGGUGCUCUUUUAGGAGGACAUAAAAAGUAAUUUAAUACUAUAGAAAAGGUGUUUCAGUUUCAGAAGUAGAUAUCACAAUAAAAUCAUUAAAAUUAAAGUAUCUAUAUAGAAUUAAAAAAAAUAAAAUUGAUUUUUUUGCCUUAUAAAAAAGGAACUAAUAGCCAGGAAUAAAAAAAAUAAUAUAACAAAAAGCUAUAAUAAGAUCUUAACAUUUUUCUAGUGAUGUCUUAUCCAAACUUUCAAUAUAAAGCAAGGGGUUAUUGAAACUAAACUAUAAAAUAAUUAAUUUUUCUUACUAAGAUGAUGAAGUUCCAAUUCGGUCAUUGUGAUCAGACCAUUUUUAUAACUCUAUUUUAUUUUAUAAUUUAAAGCAUUAAAUUAGACAUAAUUAUAUGUCAUAAUGGUUUAAUAGGUCAAUUUGGUUCACUUUGCUUUAAUAUUGUACGGUUUCAUUAUAUUUGCUGUUGAUUCUAUGUUUCUUUCAUACUCUUUUCUUUUUUUACUAAAGCGCUAGUCGCUUUUAAGCUAUUUAUUAUUUUUGUUUAGGAUUUUCUUUUUCUUCUGAAAUAUUUUUUAAAUCUUAUUAUAUACAUAAUAAUUAGUUAAUCUUAAAAUCUUAUUUGGUAACUACUUCUUCUCUCUUUUUAUCGCCGAUUUAGAUAACUCAUUAAAAAUCAUAUUUUUUGGCAAAUUCGAAUUAUCAAAUUUGGCCUUUCUGAAUUAAAUGGCUGACCUAGAUUUUAGUUUUCUCUUCCAAUUUUCUUAUAUUUUUUUUAUAUUCUUUUAAGACAAAAUGUUGUACCAUUUUAUUUAUUCGCAUAUUUAUAGUGAUUAAUAUACAUGCAAUACUUUCUUCGAAUUCCACAUAAAAAAAAUUGUAAUUAAAUUUUUAAUUAAAAGUGUACAUACAUUUCGCAUACUUUGUUAUUUACAUUAUUCCAGUUUGCCAUUGUCUAUUCUACUUUUGUAAAUAUUAAUAGGUAUUUGAAAAAAAAUAGUUAAAAAUAAUAUUAUAGUUGUAUAUAGUUUUUUAAUAAAUUUUGUUAUUUAGAACAUCA